CCUACAGUCGCGUUCACUCUCUAUGGAUGCAUCACCACGUUCUGCUCGACAACCACAACCAUCUUCCGCUCAGAAACACAGCAUUCAAGUCUACAUGCGACCGUUGUAUGACACAGAAGUGUCGACAGAAGCCUGUAUAUAGGCCUCUUGCGCCUGCAACUACAGAGCCUGCGCUUGACCUUAAGCCUCUCCUUACCGCGAUACCGGCCGACCACAGUAAAAAUACACACCAUCCUCUUCGACAUACCUUGCUUGCAUCAUGGCGACGAAGCGGAAGUUAGCGGCUCUAGCAGCGCCAGAAGACGAAGAGCCUGUUGAUCCAGCAGAUGAGCUCAUGUUUCUGAACCUAGGAGGAGGUAACGAGGUCGGGCGGUCGUGUCAUAUCAUACAGUACAAGGGCAAGACCGUGAUGCUUGAUGCGGGAAUGCAUCCUGCUUAUGAUGGGUUGGCCGCGAUGCCGUUCUAUGACGAGUUCGAUCUCAGUACCGUCGAUGUACUACUGAUAAGCCAUUUCCAUAUCGACCAUGCCGCCUCCUUACCGUAUGUUCUGUCAAAGACAAACUUCAAAGGACGAGUGUUCAUGACCCAUCCAACCAAAGCUAUUUAUAAAUGGCUCGUACAAGACAGCGUACGGGUAGGGAACAUAUCCUCCUCUGCAGAGCAAAAGAUUCAGCUGUACACUGAAGCCGACCAUCUCACUACCUUUCCCAUGAUCGAAGCAAUCGACUAUUACACAACACAUACCAUCUCAUCCAUCCGCAUAACGCCAUAUCCAGCCGGCCACGUGCUCGGCGCUGCCAUGUUCCUCAUCGAGAUUGCCGGCCUCAAGAUCCUGUUUACUGGAGACUAUUCCCGCGAAGAAGACCGUCACUUGAUCUCAGCAGAGGUCCCAAAGAACGUCAAGAUUGACGUAUUGAUCACGGAGAGCACAUACGGCAUUGCAUCACAUAUACCGCGCUUGGAGCGCGAGGCUGGACUGAUGAAGUCCAUCACCAACAUUCUGAAUCGUGGCGGGCGAGCACUUCUUCCGGUGUUUGCCCUUGGCCGGGCGCAAGAGCUGCUGCUCAUUCUCGAUGAGUACUGGGGCAAGCACGCCGAGUUCCAGAAAAUCCCCAUCUACUACGCGUCCAAUCUGGCCAGGAAGUGUAUGGUGGUAUACCAGACCUAUGUGUCUGCUAUGAACGACAACAUUAAACGGCUCUUCCGCGAACGCAUGGCUGAAGCCGAAGCAGCCGGUGAUGUUGGCAAACGAGGGCCUUGGGAUUUCCGAUUUGUGCGCAGUCUCAAGAGCUUGGAGCGAUUCGAUGAUGUCGGUGCAUGUGUUAUGCUUGCGUCUCCAGGUUUCAUGCAGAACGGUGUGUCGAGAGAGCUAUUGGAGCGCUGGGCGCCAGAUCAGAAGAACGGAGUCAUCAUAACAGGUUAUUCAGUCGAGGGAACAAUGGCCAAGAUGAUCAUGCAAGAGCCGGAACAGAUACACGCAGUUAUGACGAGGAACACGGCAGCAACACAGCGAAGAGUGCCAGGAGCACAAGAACAGAUUAUGAUUCCUCGUCGAUGCGAAGUAAAAGAGUACAGCUUUGCGGCACACGUUGACGGAACAGAAAAUCGCGAAUUCAUCGAGGGUGUAGCAGCGCCCGUAGUCAUCCUGGUUCAUGGAGAGAAACACAAUAUGAUGCGCCUCAAAUCCAAACUCCUCUCACUCAACGCCGACAAAGCACAACCCGUCAAAGUUUUCUCGCCGCCGAACUGCGAAGAAUUACGGAUUCCGUUCAAGACAGACAAGAUCGCCAAAGUCGUCGGUAAACUCGCCCAGAUUCCUCCCCCACUCGCCUUUCGCAACAAAGAUCUGAACGGCUCCGCGCCCGACAUUCCGCAAUCCCAACUCAUCACGGGUGUGCUUGUUCAGAACGACUUUAAGAUGAGCCUGAUGGCGCCCGAAGACCUGCGAGAAUAUGCCGGCCUAACCACCACUACCAUCACCUGCCGGCAGCACUUGCAGCUCAGCACCGCCGGCCUCGAUCUCAUCCGCUGGGCGCUCGAAGGCACAUUUGGCGCGAUCAAAGAGCUCUCUGCGCCCGAUGCCGCAAUCAACGGGAAAUCCGCCGAUACGAACGGUGAUUACGAGCACGCAGAUGAGGAUGUCGACCGCAGCAUCACCACCUUUGAGGUCAUGGACUGCGUGAAACUACAUUGCCAACAGAACGGCCGCAUCGAGGUCGAGUGGGAAGGCAACAUGGUCAACGACGGUAUUGCUGACGCCGUGCUGGCAGUGCUAUAUACCGUCGAAAGCUCCCCGGCGGCAGUCAAGCAGAGCUCAAAAGGCGCGCAUGGACAUGGCCAUGGCCAUGGGCAUACCCAUGGCAAGCGGAACCCUCACGCUACAGCCACCCCACAAGAACGCUUCGACCGGCUGUUCAUGUUCAUGGAGGCUCAAUUCGGGUCGGGCAUCACGCCGCUGACACAUCCUAAGCUCAAGGCGCCGGCAACGCCAGGCUCGGAUGUGACAGAGCAUGGUGACGAUGAUGGAGAUGAGACGGAAGAGUUUUCGGCGGCGGAGCAAAAGGAGCUGGCAAGACUGCACGGGCUUGGAAUCCCCGUGCCCGGCAUCGAGAUCAAAGUGGAUAAGAGCGUUGCAAAGGUCUGGCUGGAAGACUUGGAGGUCGAGUGCGAGAACAACAGGGUGUUGAGGGAUAGGGUCAAGGCUGUUGUCGAGAGGGCUGUCGAGACGAUUAGUGGGCUAUGGAGUGCAUAAUUCAUAGUAGGACAUGUGGACUAUAUCUUAAGGUAAUGAGAUGAGGCUACAGUUGCGGAUCUAUAUGGGCAUAGAAGCCCCAAACCAGUAUAUCCAGAGACAGUAUCAUAAACCUUCUGCCC